GCGGUUGAGUCACUAUCGUUUAGAAAACAGUUCUAAAAAGUGUCGCAGUGGCAACUCGAGCGCGUAGCUCGUGUCCGAUUUUAGGUCAUCUUUUGUACGGUCGCCGCUAAACUGCCGCCGCGCAGCGAAAUGCAGCGGGCCGAGGCCGCGUCGCGCGCUCUCUCGCGCCGCGCUGCACUACAUCCAUUUUAAAUACCGUUUGAAAUGUAGUUUCCUUCGGGUUACGCGUGUGUCGCUUAAUUUUUGACAGUUGAUAUUACCCUAAGAAUCGGCAAAGGGAUGUGAAUUCUAGUUAUAGUGUAAUAAGGCAACAAGAGGUGUUCCUAACUUCGCGCGUGAGCCACGUGGUGCGCGACCGGAGCCCGGCGCGAGCGGCCCCGGCCUCUGCGCCGGCGCCAUGCGUGAGGCGUGAGGGCCGCGCGCGCGCCGAUGCCAUGCUCCAGCGCGUGCCGCAAGCGCACCACCACCACUCACCCGCGCACCCACCGCACGCCAAAUACGUGCAAAUCACUGUACAGAAGGCUAUAAAUCUAUUGGAUAAACUGUAUGACACAUUCUUCACGGCGCAGCGUAAAGCGCAUGUCAGGCUCUUCACUAAACAUUUUAUCAAGAUUGAAUUUUUGGACAAAGUCUGCAGACCAGUUUACAAGGAGUUCGAUGAAUGGCCCGAGAUAUCAUUAGAGCCAGACCCACCGAAAGAGAAAAAAGAAAAAAAAGAAUCACCAGUAAAUCAAAUAACGAUAACUCAAAACAACAACAUUGCAGCAGGUCAGAAAAUGACGCGGAAAAGCCGGCCUCGAAUCAAGGAAAAAGAGGAGAAAGAGCAAAAGGGUGGUUAUUGUGAGAUGUGCAACAGUGACUAUGUGGACGCAACACUACACAGGCGCUCACCAAACCACUUGGCAUUUGUCAGAGACCACACUAACUUUCUCGCACUGGAUUCCCUCAUAAGCUCUGGUACUGAUGUUACCACAUUCCUCGAUAAAGCUACGCCGUUGAACGGAGAGCGGAGAUCUUUGCGUAAAAUGUGCAAUGGCGAUGUCGACCAGCCGAAAAACAAACGCUCCAAAAGAUCCCAGUCCCCAGAUUCAACAGUUAACGGUAACCAAAGUCCAAGACGUAAUGGAGGAAUAGAAGACGAGAGGAAACACAACACAAGAUGCAGUAAUAAGAGAGUGAAUGAGUCUCAGGAGGACCGGCAGUACUACAAGGUUGUGAGUACUAAAUUGAGGUCGAGCGGCGGGUUUCAAGCGAAACGGAAGGACUCCUUGCCUACAUGCAAUGGCACUAAACCUCUAGUGGUGAAGUUCAGGAAAGUGCGGCGGUCUGAGUUGUCGGUGCUAAGCGAUGAGGCGGAGCAGUUCAUGUUCCCCAAGCGCGCGAGUUCGACAAGCUCGUCAUCAUCUGACGAGGAGAAGGAGCCUGUCACGAGGCGGAAGGUGACGCAACCGUCACCACCACCGCCACCUCCGACGAUCGAGAGGCGGCGACUAGCGCGUCCACUCGCCUUGAAAGAGGAGUCCUCGGAAGAAGAUAGCUGGCCUGAGGACAAACGGCGGCGGAAGCGACGAGUACCAGCUGUGUCUAGAAGGACACGCAGGACUCCAUGUAAACCCACAGAACCCAAAGAAAAAGUGGUUGAAACCCCAAAAGACCCUGAAGCCACUCCUACUCCUCAGCCUGAAGCGGAAGUGAGUCCCUUGAGGGAGGAGCCCAUGGAAAGGUGUAUGAAAUGGGAAGACGGAAAGUUGAAAUACACUCCGGCUGUAGAACAACUGGAGUUUGCUUUUGAAUCUGUGCCAUGCAGUGAACCCUGGUAUGAGACAUUUAAGAGGCAGGACCAGGAUAAAGUGCUUAUUAGAAAUGUCCCGCAGUACUUUGCCCUAUAUGCGAAAUCACCAAAGUUACCAUAUGAAGUUGGACAGCUACCACCAUUGAAGCCAAACUGCUGCCCUCUCAGCGACCUGGUCAAACGGGAGGAAAAACCGGGCCCUUCGCGGUCUUACGGCACGCGGGGUAUGAAGAAACAAAAAAUCCGGAAACGGACAGCCGCCAUCAUGGCGCUGGAGUGUCAUCCCAGGAAGUCGCCAAGAGAACACGCGUCUACUCUAGCUAUAUUGGGUUCCGCCGGCCUUUUACACAGGCGGAAAAAUGCCGAAGACACAAAAUCAACAGCUUCCGAGGACACAAUUAGUGACACCCACAGUAAUAUGAAAGUAGAACCGGUUAUCUCAGAGACCCAAGAAGCCUCGGAGAGACUUCAGCAGUUCCUGUCCGAAGUGUUCGAAGAUGCGGCGGAGUAUGACAUGUCCGACGAGGUGAUGGAGGGCGAGGCGGCGGUGACAACCUCCACUAACGUGCCCGACGUGUCCAGUCUAGUGUCGGAGUGUGACGGCUGCGACAUCAUACGGAACGAAAUCAAAGAAUCUGUAGAUAAGCCAAAGAACAAACGUGGCAAAUUCAAGAAGAAGAAUCGAACAGGCUGGCCGAACAAAAGGAAGCAGAAGAAAGAUUCGCGGACCAGCAGCACGGAGUACGAUAAAGAUCGGUCGUCCGCCGAGCCUCCCGACGACGAUACCACGCAGAGCACCAACAGCGAUCACGACGUUCAUCUAUCAGAGACUGAGAACGAAAAGACUAUUAUUGAGAAAUCUGUUGAGGUUUCCUCUGAGGAGAACAGAACGUUGACAGAGAGCAACAACGUGCCGCGGGAUUGUGCUAUGGAUGUAGACGUCGAAAAGGACAAAGACAAAUCUCCUUUAAUUAUUAAAAUAGAUGAAAAAGAUUUAAAACUGAUGUCUGACAAGGACGAUAAGAAAUCUCGAUCUAACGAAGACAAGGAAGUGAAGAAGAAGCGCGUGUUGUCGGGGCUGGGCGGCUGGCUGCAGCCGGUGGUGCGGGUGGCGCGCGUGGACCCGGGCGCGGCGCGGCGCCUGCGCUCGGCGGGGCGGCUGCGCACGCGCGCCAGGUAGCGCCGGGGCGACGCCGCGCGGUAAGCGCCGGGUCACGCCUGUGUCAUAGCUACUCUAUUUUGUGUGACGCUGAUACGUCGCGUGCCACAUUUCGUCUAAUUGUAAUAGUUUAUUGCGCGUCCAUGCUCAAGCCGAGUUUCAGCAGGGCAGUGUGCUUUUCAUUGUCUGUAGAAAGUUACAUGCUGUCAGUGAAAAUUCGCAUGAUCCGGCCUGGGCAUGGUGGUGUACGUAUACAAUAUUAGACUCGGCCAAAUAAUUAAAAAUGGUCAAUAUAUUUACCACAUUUAAAUUAAAUGUGGUUGUAUUUCCGUAACUUGGACAAAUCACGUAAUAUUUUCAUUACGCGCGUGACCUAAUUUAACAAUGAUGUGGCCUCUAUUAUACGAGCAAAUUGCUUCACAGAAGACUUUUUAGUUGUAAUUAACGUUUUAAAGUUAUUUAUUGUGUAAAUAACGUGUUACGAGUAGUACUCAGUGUAUAUUGUACAGUGUUUAGUCACACAAUGACUAUGAACUUGAAAGAUCAGUAUUUUGUUUUCUUUUUUCAUUUUAUAUACACAUGAGAUGUUGCAUUAUCGCGUGGUUCUUCUUGGAAAUAUAUUUUUCUAAAUUUUUUAUUAAAUAUUUUUUUUUAAUUAUAUUCCUUGUGAUUUCGUAAAAUGAUAAUCUCUUUGCGUUUUCUCUUCAUUUUAAUAUAUGACUGUUUGCAAAUCAUUUGCAUUAAGGCCAUGAGGCUAUUCUAUCCACGGGGCAGAACCGCCUUUUUGCAAGUACAGGCGUUUUAAUCAAAGGACAGCUUUUAUAGCCGUUUGGAUAAAAAGGCCGAAAACUCCCCUAUUUAAUAAAUGAUUUGCCUACGUAGUCUAUAUAGGAGCCCUGGUCAUAUAUAUUAUAAAUUUCCUAAGUAACGAUGUUUGAAAAGUGGUGUAAAUAUCCACUUUGUAUUUUCAAAAUUACAUCUCUAAAUUUUUUUUUUACUGACAUGGAAGAAAAAAAUAUAUUUUCUUUGUUUAGCAUCGUGUUUUGUUUCAUCUUCACUCACGAUCUGUAAAGGUUAUGUGUAUUUUAUUGUUAAACAUUUUUGUAUAUCGAUAAGCAAUUUUAAUGACAUUUAUUUAUGAAGUCAAAAUGCGUAUACGGAGACAAAAACACGCAGUAAUGUGACAUCCCACGUUUCGAGGCUCGAAACCGUGUAAAUACUGUUAUAUUAAUGUCUAAAUAUCUGAUAAUAUGCAUGUGUGUGUCAGUGCGGUGCAUUUAGAUGUCGCGAGCUUAGUCUGUAUAUAUAUCUCAUAAUGUAUGCCUAGGUACUACCGGUUACUCUAAACGAAUUAUCUGAGAUGGGGUUGUUGUGAAAUUAUCAAAAUUGUAGCUGUCUGUGUUAUUUUUUAUCAGGGUAACGAAAGGUAUUGCUGAUAUAUUUAAUGGGGUGAAGUUAGGUACAAACCGUGAACACUAUUAGUAAAGGUUUAUGCACACGGCGUUGUUAACAUGCUGACGACUGGCUUUUUCUGCGUGCUCAUUAGUAUGUACAAUGAGAAAUAUCCAUCUGCAACGCGUUUACUGCGUAUUUAAGUAGUUCAAAGAGCGUCAGGUUAAACGGGUGUACAGUGCCUUAGGAAUGACUGACGGCAUGACAUGCAUGACCUACUUCACUCUAGUCAAAAAGAUCAGCGAUGUCUGUAUUGUUGAUUCUCUUAUUAGAAUGUUAAAAUUGUUAGUUUCCAGUGAAUAUGUGUUGUAUUUUUGUAUAAACAUUCCUACUGCAUGUCUAGAAUACCGUAGUUGUGUCACUUUGGAAACUGUGACGAGAUCCCGUUAUGGUGAUUGUGAUUCGCCCCAUCUCUUUAAAUUUCAUCAUUAAAGUUGUAUAAAAUAUUAUACUAA